CGCUUCCGAGUGAAAAAAGAACAAAGAAGCUCUUUUUUUCUUUCUCAUUUCCGUUUUGUCUUUUUCCUCAUCCGAAAAUCACAAAAAGCUUUGCAAAGUUUUCGUGUCGAAUUAGCACUCCCUUCCCUCGUUUCACCCAGCCCCUGUAUCUCAAAGCAUUAUCCUCUCGUUUUUCUCGCCUUCAAUUUGAGAAUGGAUGAUGAGAAGAAGAAGAAGAGAAACAAGAAGAAGAAGAACAAGCAGAACAAUAGCAAACGUGCAGACGGUGACGCUAUACCUACCGAGGAUGGGAAUCAUAACGGAGACGCUGACAUUGCUCUAAUCAACCAAGUCCCUGAUUCCAUUGAGUUGGAACCAUCAUCUCAACAGAUCAUCAUCAAUCAGGCAGAUGAACCUGGUGUUGUUGACUACACGUCUCCAAAUAGCGAGGCGGUUCUGGAAGAAACAAUCAAACAGUUACGUGAUGAGAUUGGGUCCCACCUUCAGAAAGAGGCUGUUUUUGAAGAAACUGUUAGACGCUUGGAAACUGAGAAUGAAUCUCACAUACAGAAAGAGGCACUGUUGGAAGAAAGGCUUGAGCAUUUAAGAACAGAAAGUGAAGCUCAUAUACAGAAGCAGGCACUGUUAGAAGAAAGGCUUGAGCAUCUGAGAACAGAAAAUGAACCUCACAUAGAAAAAGAGGUACAGUUAGAAAAAAUGGUUGCGGAUUUGAGAACGCAAAAUGAAGCUCACAUAGAGAAAGAGGUACAGUUAGAAAAAACGGUUGCGGAUUUGAGAACGCAAAAUGAAGCUCACAUAGAGAAAGAGGUACAGUUAGAAAAAACGGUUGCGGAUUUGAGAACGCAAAAUGAAGCUCACAUAGAGAAAGAGGGACUGUUAGAAGAGAGGCUUGAGCAUUUGAAAACAGAAAAUGAAGCUCACAUUCAAAGUGAGGCACUGUUAGAAGAAAGGCUCUUGCAUUUGAGAACAGAGAAUGAAGCUUACAUACAAAAACAGGCACAGUUAGAAGAAAGGCUCUUGCAUUUGAGAACUGAGAAUGAAACUCUCAAACAGAACGAGGAAAAGUUGGAGGAAAGACAUGUUCAGUAUAAAACAAAGAACGACGUGCUUGUUCAUGAAAUGUCUAGUACAGAAGUCAAAAUGAGAGAAUUGCUUGACGAAAGAUCUACCUUCUCUCAGAAAGAGGCAAGUCUAGAGAAAAAACUUCAGCAACUUCAACAUGAUGAAGAAUCUUCGACUGCAGCUGCGGAGAAGUCAUCCAUAGAAAUGAUUUCGAGCCUGAACAAUGAAAUUGGAACACUGCGAGCACAGGUAAUGAAGUUGGAAGAAUCUAGGAGUAAUCUUCAGGAGCAGAACAAUAGUCUUGUGGAAACUGUGUCCAGUCUUCAAGUCCAGCGUGAAAACCAUGACAAUAACGUGAAGGGUGCUUCUGAGGAAGAACUAAACUCACAGAUUGAAGCAGCUUGUACUCUAGUUGAAAAGCUUAUCACUGAAAAUGCUGAACUUGUUGAGAAGGUGAACGAGUUGUGCAUUCAGCUAAACCAAUCGCAGCGUGCUUUUGCUUCACCCCCUGAGAGCCUAGCAAUUGAAGUACAGAAGUCUGAUGCCUUAGAAGAAAUACCCAUUCACGACGAGAUGAUUAGAAUUGACGACUCUGGAGACAUUGAAACUGCACUGUUGGAGAGAAACUUAUCAGAAGAAACAGUGCCGGUUUCUGUGAACCCGAAUGGGGAAAUAGAUGUGGAAUCACAGGUUGCAGUAGCUGGAGAAGCAGAAGAAGUAAGUGGUGGUGUGCCUCUGGUGGACGCUCCACUGAUCGGUGCGCCGUUCAGGCUCGUCUCAUUUGUAGCAAGAUACGUGAGUGGUGCAGAUUUGGCGGAAAAGAAACAGUUUUUGUAAAACACAUUUUGGAGGCAGAAAAGAUGCAUCAAGUUCUGUAUCUCUCUUCUCUCUUUCUCUUACUACACACAUACACUCAGUGAAGAUCGUUGGUUAGCUUAUUGCACAACACUUAACAGGACAAAAAGGUUUAUUAUAUUUUUUUUGGUAGGAUACUGAUGGUGAUGAUGAACUGAAUACAUCAAGUUGCUCGAUGUCGUUUUGUUUUU